GUGGUUACACUGAUCCGAUGUAUACGCAGCUGAUUGCAGAUUAUAACUCCCAUUAUAAUUGUUGAAAUGAAUAUAGCAUAAAUGCAAUGUUUGAAAGCCACAACAUACGACAACUUAACUUGGCAACUUAAACAAAAAGCACCGUGGACAAGAUGCAGCAGAGUUGUUUUAUACGGGAUUCUGGUCUCGUUUCUAAUCACAAACCCAACCACCGACGCCAUACAGGCACGCAGCGACAAGGAACAGCCAAAAACGGUGGGCUACGGAACAGCCCUCCAGUCAGUGAUACCCGUACAGAUGACACUAGGCUCCAGCUCCUCCUCGGCAUCGUCAAUAUCCGCCUCCAGCUCGGCAUUCUAUCCGUUGGGGCCGAAUGUGCUGUGCUGGUUUUUGCCGCGUGACUUUCUCGAAUGCAAGGAUGCAAUCGAUCACAGGGACAAUGCAACGGCCAAUAUCGAGAAGGGAUACGGCUGCCUGCGAUUCGGCGGCUCCACUUACGAAGAUGUGGAGCACACAAAGGUACAGUGCACUGUAUACUCGGACAUUGAUUGCUACGGCAAUCGCAUCUUCCUCCGCGAGGGUGUGCCCUGUGUCCGCUACACGGAUCACUAUUUUGUAGCCCCGCUCAUCUGCAGCAUGAUGCUGCGUUUUCUUGGCAUUGAUCGGUUCUGCCUGGGACAGACGGGAACGGCAAUGGGCGAGUUGCUGACAAUGGGUGGUGUGGGCGUCUGGUGCAUCAUUGAUGUCAUAUUGUUGAUUACCAAUAAUCUCCUGCCGAAGGAUGGCAGCAAUUGGAGUCCCCACGUCUAGAUAUACAUAUGUACGUAUGUAUGUAUGCACGUUCUUGUUUGUGUGAUAUUUUAGAAGUUUAAAGUGCGAUAAAUAAUAUUGUUGAAAACUGCUGCAGCAUUUUUAAAAUAGCCAAACCAAAUAUAUUAAAUAUAAAUGAAAAUAUAUACAUACAAUGCAUAGUUAUAUAGAACCGAUGUUAGGCUAAAUUCAUGUCAUUCAAAGAUAAAUCAAUUAAUGUAUCCUUGCGGAAACUUUAAAUGAACGACUUAAAAAAAAAUCGUUUUAAUAAUCAUUAUAUUUGCGGUUAUUAUACAUAUGUAUGUGUACCAAAAUUUAAGGCUCAAGCUCAGUACUCAGAUGUGCAAAACGUUCUUGAAGAAAAUAUACUAGAGAACGAGGCGAUUAAAUAUCUCGAAUCUCGAAGCGUUA